UCGUGUUACAGAUCUUGGUUGGACAAAGGAAACGUAUAUCAGAGUACUGGUCAUUGUGCUAAAAUCAUCUGUCAUUGUCUUGAGGAUAUAAAGCACAUCUCGAGGGACGAUGAGCUAAUGGUAAACAAGCCUCAUAACCUUUUGUUGCUGCUGAGGAUCCGAUGCUUAGGAAAAGCAACAAGGUCACAAGCUAACAAACGACCGUUUCUUUUUGAAGCAUCAAGACGGCACUGUCGGAGAAUUCUCAAAACACUCGGUGAAAGGUCUUUACCAAGAGAAGGCGAUGCGAUGCUGACGCU